UUUAUAUUUUUUUAGAUUCUAUUUCUCUGUAUAUAUUCUGUGUAUAUAUUUUUUUCCCUUAUAGUUCUGGAACACUGAAGAAUGGCAAAAAAAGUUUGAAGCCGGGAAAAGCAACCGCAAAAAUGACUUAUGCAUUCAUACGGGAGGGUCAAUAGGAUUUGAUGAGCACCGCGCCAACAUGGAAAAGAAAGAGGGUAAAAAAGUUGGAUACAUGAAAGUAUUCUUCCAGACCCACGCUACAAAGGAGUGCAAAAAGAGGGUAUAAGAUGGGGAGAUCGAUGAAAAUGACUUUGAAAAUUUAGAGUUUGUUACUAAGCGUGCAAAGAAUUCAUAUGUCGUGUACACGCAACAACUUAAAAAAAAUGUACCCUGAAGAAACAGAAUGUGAUGAUUUGGCUAUUUGGGAGAGUUUGAAUCCGAAGCGUAAGGGUGGUAACUUGUUCGGGGUAGGAACUUCUGAUCCUCAUUUUAUGGUGACCGGCACACCAUCUUCCACAACUUAUGCGUCAUAUGAUGAUGCCAGUCAGUCACAAGAGCUUAAAAAAGUUCAAGCAGAGUUGGAAAAAGAAAGGGAGACCCGAAAAAAUAUGGAAGCUCGUUUUGCACAAUGGGAACAAGAGCGGGCCGAGCGUGAACGGGAGCGAGCUGCAAAUGCAGUAUGGCAAAAAAAAAAGAUGGAAGAAAUGAUGAAUAGUUCAAGAAAAAAGUAAAGAUCGUGUUCAUUUUUUAAUAUGAGAACACGCUUUUCAUAUUACAAAAGCUCGUUUUCAUAUUAACUUUCGGUUUGUAUUACAUUUUGAAAUGUUAAAAUCGUAUUAGUUUUGUAAUAUGAAAACG